AUGCCACAUCUAACAAGCUGCCAAAAAAAAGCCAGAAAGGCUUAUGAAGCAAAAGCUCAUAAGCAUAAUGCUAAUAAUUCAGAAGCAGAAAACUUUGAUGGUAUUGGCAAUCUUUCUGUUUGUGAUGAGGUGAUUGAGGAUAAUAAUAUUGCAAACACAGCUCAACAAUAUAAUCAUAACAGUGAUAACACUGAAUAUUAUAAUAAUGAUGACAAUCUUUCUGCUCAUAAUGAGCCAAUUAAAAAUGAUAAUACUGAAAACAUUAUAAAAAAACUUCAAGAUGCAUCAGAGAAUGAAGAUCAGCUGGAGGAAGUCGAUGAGGACAAGGAAGAUAUUGGAGGAUUGUUAGAGAAUGAGAUUGAACUUUGUAAUUUAUAUAAAAAAAUUCCAGCUGCUUUUGAAAAUCUAGCAUUAGACAUCAAAAAAGAAAAUGUAAAUAGCAAGAUUUGGGUUCAUCUUAGCAGUAUUCGUUUUUAUCUUCAGCUUGUUAAAAAUAAUCAUCAAAAAAUGAAAGCAAGUAAAAUCAUCGCAGAUGCAGCAAGAAAAGAGGUGUAUCAUGCUAGGUGCAUUCAUUCUUGGGCAUAUGAGUACAUUAUGACAUAUUAG